AUGAGCUACAUUCCCUCGGUUUCCUCGGCGGCGGCCAAUAUGACAAAUAUGAAUAUGUCGAAUAUGGCUUCGUAUUUUUCUAGAAGCGGAUAUGCGCCGGCUCCGCUUGGAGGCCUUCCCACCGUCCCAUCCCACCCAUUCGGAAUGGGAUAUUUGAGCCAAGGCUUGGCCGAGUGUCAAGGAGCAACUCUAGCCUGGGGUGCCCAAGCUCCGCCAAGAAAGCAGCGCCGUGAGCGGACGACGUUCACGCGGAGUCAGCUCGAGAUAUUGGAGAGCUAUUUUGCGAAAACGCGCUAUCCGGAUAUCUUUAUGAGGGAGGAUAUGGCGGUGAAGAUUCAGCUGCCGGAGAGUCGCGUUCAGGUGUGGUUCAAAAACCGUCGCGCCAAGGCCCGCCAACAGAAGAAAGCCCAAGCCCAAGCCCAACAAGCCGCCGCCCAGGUCACGAACGGCUCCACCGGCACGGCUCCAUCCACCGGAAGCAAUAGCGAGGGUGGCAGCACCUCGGCCAGUACCGAACCCGUUGAGUUCCAAGUCAAAACGGAAGACGUUGAGCCAUCACUGUCUGAUCAUUCCACGACAUCUCCAACCGAUACUGAGGGAACGGACGCUAAGCCGAUUGUUUCGACUUCGGCGGCUCUACAUGCUCAGACGUACCUUGCUGCACCUACUAAUGGAUAUAGUGCGGCCGCCUUGUCAACGUACGGCGCCUACGCCUACCCGCCAACAACGGCCACCACCUAUUCGCCGAUAGACUAUCUCUACGCUCAGAACGGGACGAACGGCUACGCCGAGCAGUGGAUGUUCGCCAACCAGGCAAAGAUGCCA